AUGCCACUUGAAGACCUCAUUCCAAUUGGGAUCUCUAGAGACUCAACAAACAUUAAAAAAGAGAAUGAUCAUAGUCUUACAAGUGGUUUAAUUUCAAUCCCUAAAAGUCGGGAUAACGAUGUCGAUAUGUCUGACUUUGAUGUGGGUGAUCUCUUAGGUGAUGACUCGAGUAAAAGUUUAUCGAAAACAUCAUUAAAGAGCAAACAUGACAAGAAAAAAACAAAAACAAAAGACAAAGUCAAGAAGUUGAAUACAAACAAAGCAAAGACCAAGUUGAAAUCGAAGAAAACAUCACAUCAUGAUGAAGAUAUGGCAGACAAUUGGACGUCUUCAACCAAAACUUGGGAUAGUGCUGCUGAACUCGAAUUGGCAGCAGCAAGACGAAAGAAUGGAAGUGGGAAAAUAGGAAGUGGAUUAGAUGAUGAAUUGACAAAAAUGCUGGGCGAGAAUAGUGGAAUUGGAGCGGAGUUUGGACAAGCGAGAUCUAUACAAAUGGAGAUAUCGAAGUUUGAUAAAAACGAUAGUAUUGCUGCUAAUGAAGUUGGAAGUUUGGAUACUUUGAAAAGACGAGGUCGUCAGGAAGUCGAUACAAACAGUUCUGCUAUUGAACCUGAUGGUAUUUCGGCGUCGUUUUUUAAUGAUACUAAAAGUGAUGAUAUGAAUGCCACAUCGCGUUCGUCUCUUCUUACAGCUGAGCGCCGAGGAGGAGCUCGUGGUGGGAGGCGACAAGCAAGUGCUGAGGUAUCGGAUCCGUUUGGUAUUGGAGCUACAACGACAAGUUCUGAUUCACCUUUUGAGAUGCUUUUUAAAGGUGCUAGUGGUAAACGACGUGACUUUGACGAUCUUUUUUCCAAACCUGCACGGGAUUUUUCAAAAGACAUUGAGAUGAACCAGCAGCAGGAUGUGAUUGGAACGACCAACGCAAGGGAAUCUGAUGACACUGUACAUACCGAGAAAGUGUCAGUUAAAGAUGAUUUACUUGCAGAUUUGUUUGCAUCUGAGCCCCGCGGCUCUCGUCAUCAACAAAAGAGUUUUAUUUCAGAAAAAAAUAAAGUUAUUGACGAUCAUGACAAGACGAAAGUAAAAAGAGAAGUUGAUGGAUCAGAUCAAGCAAAUGAACAAAGUGAUCGUUUAGUAGCGCAACAUGUUGCACCACAAUAUACAAACAGCACAUCAGAAAAAGAGGCGAAGAUUCAGCUAUCGACAGAGGAGCAUCGAUCGUCGUAUCAGGAAAGCAAACCUUUGGUUGCUAGCGCUGUAACCCCUGCAAGUCGAAUUGAUGAUCUUGCUAGUGCAAAGGAAAGUCUUUUAAUGGAUUUACUAGGAGACAUGUCAAUUUCCAAGACUACUGAAUCACCUUUACAACAUCGUCGGAGCAAUACUAACAUUAAUAUCGGCUCACCCAUUGAGGAUACUGAAGGACCACAGAAAACUUCUUUACCAGUAAAAGCUCAACUUCCUGCAACGAUUGUAGAAGCUCCACCUCAAAUCUCUUCAAUAGCUCAUCCGUCGAAGAAAAACCUAUUCAGUCCACCAUCACCAGAACAUCGGCUCUCACCUACUCUCAACGUAAAUAGUGAGAAGGAAUUUGAACAAGCAAAAGAUAAUUUGCUUAAAGAGAUUCUACCUUUAUCGCCAUCCGCUUCAAUUCGUUCCAGUCCAGAUCGACGCAAUUCAUACUCUCAAUCAUUCACUACAGAGGACGACGUUCAAGAUAUUGGUCAAGAGAUAAUACACGAAGAAGUCAGAAACGAUAGAUCAAAGGUACAAGUCUCCGUCACAAACUCCGAGUCACCAAAGCUACACUUACUCAAAACUCCUCAUACCAAAAUUACCUCGACGACUACAUCUCCUGUAUGUAACUGCGCUGAGCAGAUAGCAAAGGUGACUGCAGCUUUUGAUUCAGAGCGCUCAACUUUUCAGCAGAAAAUUGAGGCCCUCGGUCAACAAUUAGAAGCUCAGACAACAACCAGCACUCAGCGUGUUAACGAAUUGACACAAGAAGUGAAAGACCGAGAAACGUCAUUAAAACAACUUUCCCAACAGCUUAAUGUUGAAACAGCGUCGAAGGUUGAGCUCACUGAACAAUUAGCGUUAGUAGAGCGUGAUAAACUCCAAGCAGAUCACGCAGCUGCAAAGUAUAAGGAAAAUGCUGUAACCUUACAACAUCGCACAGAUCUCUUACAAUCAGAGUUACAGACGCUACGUGAUGAGCUAUCACGCUCGAAAUGUGCUUGUCAAGAGCUUGAAUUGACGCUAAAUCGUUUGAAAGCUGAACAGGAUGAAGUCAAUCAAUUGGAACGUCAACGUGAAAAACGAGCGUUUGAAGCUCUUAGUAUGCAGAUGCAACGUGCCUUAGCUCGUCUGAGUAUUUCUCAUCAAGUAUAUGAAGAAGGAUCAGGACAUGAUCAGACUGCAGCACGUGUAGCAGCUGAAGAUGAAGCACGUCUUCGUGUAAUUGCAUCGCUUGAAGGAAGUUCGAAACGUGCAGCACAGCAUGCUGAACAAGAACGUGUGAAACUCACUGAGCUCUUGCGCGAGCUUGAAAUGGGUGCACGUCAUGCUCGACAAGGAGCGUUUGAAGAAAAGGAACGAUUGCGACAGGAACAAAAACGUUUAGAUGCAUUAAGUGCUCACUUACAAGCACAAGCGUCUGUACUCCGUGACCAAGAAGCAGCGCAUGCUCUUUAUAUGGGAAAACAAUUAGCAGAAGCGCGUGAGGACAUUCGUAUACAGGAAGCACGACUUGCAACGAGACGAACGGAAUUAGAACGGGAUGAGCGUGCAUUGUAUCAAGUUCGAGCUGAAUUUGCUGCUUUUCGAGAACAAACUGCGAUUGAAAUGGAACGAGAGCGUACAGAACUUCACUCAUUACGAUUGAAAUUGGACGAUGAAUGGCGAGAACUUCACACUGAUCGUGAAGAGUUCGAAAAUGAGCUUGCAAGUCAUGACGGGGAAUUUCAAGCUCUUGAAAGAAAGAGAAAUAAUCUUCAAAAUGCAGAAGCGCAACUUUGUGAACGUACACAAGCAGUUGUGACACUUGCUGAGAAACUUGAUGGAGGAAUUCGCGAGUUAGCCGAACGCGAGCAACUUGUAGCACAAAAGGCUGUGACUGUCCACGAUAUUGAUGCAUCGUUUCAAAUGCGAGAACAAGCACUUGAACGUGCAAAGAAUGAAUUGCAAAGGCGUGAACAGCGUCUACAUGUUCAGAUUCGUCAAUUGGAUACAGCACGUGAACGCCUUAUGCAUCAGCGGCAACAACAUUUGAUAGUUGGAAAUCAAAAAGGUGCGAAGCAAUCAUCAGGUCAAGUGAUAGACAACAACAAACCAUGGCGCGAUCAAGGCUAUCACAACAAUUUUAGGCAUUUAAAAGAUAAAGUGCAGAGUAAAGUGUAUAGUCUCGAGUCUCGAGUAGAGGAGGAUCCGUCUGGAUUAUCCCCAGCAUUUCGAAAACAAAUUGAAGCGAACUGGCAACGGCGUGAUGUCGAUGACAAGCUCAUGAAUACUCUCAAGACUUAA